AUGUUCGCAGCAAAGAGAUUAGGGAAGGAACUGACGAAGGCCAAGCAAAAACUGCCCCCCGGCAUCGACCUCGUCAAAGCAGACGACUUCCGAGAAUGGCUCGUCGACAUCCGCGUCCUAGACUCCAACCCGCUGUACAUGAACCAGAUCUACCGCUUAAGCUUCCUGUUCUCUGACUCCUACCCCAUCGAAGCCCCCGAAGUCGUCUUCAUCCGACAAUCACCUUCCGCCACUGACCCCUCGAAUCCGCAAUCGACCGAGAAACCCUUCGCCGGCCGUCCCGUCCCGAUCCACCCGCACAUCUACUCCAACGGGAUCAUCUGCCUGGACCUGCUCGGCACGGCGGGCUGGUCGCCCGUCCAGUCUGUCGAGAGCGUCUGCAUGAGCAUCCAGAGCAUGUUGACGGGCAACACGAAGAACGAGAGACCGCAGGGUGAUGAGCAGUUUUGUCAGAGCAUGGGCGUCCGGGGCCCGGAUGGGUGGAGUGGUGGCGGGUACAGACGAGGUAGGGGGCUCAAGGACGUGAGGUUCGCAUACGACGACGAUACGGUUUGA